CAACCCAGUGAGAGGUGUCCGCCACUAGCGGUGCUUCACACCAUAACGUCCACCGGAAUUGCCUUCAAAUCGGAGUCGUUACAACAUCAGGACUCGCUGCUUUCGGUUUUGCAUGCCACAUGUCUCAGAGAUAACAAGAAAGAAUGAAUUCUGAUAGAUUCAGUCUUCAUGAAAAUUUCUCUGUUCCAGACCGGACUCACUGAAGAAAGACUGAACUUUGGACAAAAUGAUACUCAUGACACUGGAAAAAUUUACUGUGAAUUUUGAUUAUUUUUAGUGCAUUUUGAAGAAUUACAGGAUCUUGGAACUGCAGCUUUGGCGCUUACCAGGAAAGUUUUGAUCUCUGAAGCGUAUCCUCUUAGAAAGAAUGUCCUAGGGAAUUAUUAAGCUAAUUAAUGAAAUUAAUUCUUUCUUUGUUAACACUUGUGAUGGUUUUGAUGCACCAAAGACAUGCUUUUUGUCACAUAUGAUGAUUUUUACGUUUAAAUUUGGGCAUCAGAUAAAACGAGUGUUGAACGUUAGUUCUAUUGGAACCUAUAGAAGUAUGUUUAAACAUAUUCAGUUUCAGACAGGAUAAUUCUUUUCUGUUAAUCCAUAAUGAAGGGCAGCACACGCAUAAAGGAGACUGACAUAUAUCCAAAUGGAAAAUUUUAUUUCAUUUAUUUUAUUAUUUUUUUUAUAUGUAAAUAUAAACUUUAUACAUAAAAAAAAAAAAAAUGUUUUUGUUUUUUUUCGUAAAAAAUUGUACUGUGAGUACUAAGUUUUUCUUGAAUUUUGUUUUGAUAUUGCCUCUAGAAUUGUUUUUUCAGAUUGAAAUUUUAGGCUUUUAAGUAACUGGUUAUUGCCGUUAUAGGUUAUCGAAGAAUCCUUCUUGAUAUAUGUUUUGUGGAAUCUGUAAGUUUUAUAUAUCCAUCAUGCUACAGGAACUGAAAGUUUGACAUAAUGCCAAGUGGCAUUUCAUCAUUAAACUGUUUUAAAUAUAGUCAGCUAUCCCAUCCAAUCAAUUCCCGCCAUGGCAUCUUCAGUAACUGGAACUGGUGGGAUUUUUUGGUCAAAGUAGCAUUAUUCUUUAUAUAUUCUUUGCUCUCAGAAAGACUUAUCUUCUUCAUUUGUUUUGUCCUUUUUCCUUCACCUCUACAUUCUACUUAAAGAGUAGUGUUUUUAUUUGAGUUCCACUUCUCAUUGUUAAUAAAUGUAUUUGUAGACAGCAGUUAUGACACUUGGAGGAGAGGAGCUUCAUUUAGUUGCCAUGCAUUCUCGGAAGUACGAAGGACAGGUCCCUUGCUUUUGGGGGUUCAAUGUAGCAUCAGGACUUUACAAUUCUUGCCUUGUCAUGCUGAAUCUUAGAUGCCUUGGCAUAGUAUUUGAUCUUGAUGAAACACUAAUAGUUGCAAACACAAUGCGGUCAUUUGAGGAUAGAAUAGAAGCUUUGCUGCGAAAAAUAAAUUCUGAAUCUGAUCCACAACGUGUUGCCGGUAUGAUGGCUGAGUUUAAACGUUAUCAAGAUGACAAAGGUAUUCUGAAGCAAUAUGCUGAAAAAGAUCAGGUAGUCGACAAUGGGAAGGUGAUUAAAUCUCAGUCUGAAGUGGUUCCAGCUUUGUCAAACAAUCUUCAACCUACUGUUCGACCCCUUAUACGUCUGCAAGAUAAAAACAUUAUUCUCACACGCAUUAAUCCUCUGAUACGUGAUACCAGUGUCCUUGUUAGGUUGAGGCCUGCUUGGGAGGAUCUUAGAAGCUACUUAACUGCUACUGGUCGGAAACGAUUUGAGGUUUUUGUUUGCACAAUGGCCGAAAGAGAUUAUGCUUUAGAAAUGUGGAGGCUUCUUGAUCCAGAAUCGAAUUUGAUAGACUCCAAAGAGCUGUUGGACCGUAUUGUUUGUGUCAAGGCUGGCUGUAGGAAAUCACUUUUCAAUGUUUUCCAAGUUGGAAAUUGCCAUCCUAAGAUGACAUUAGUGGUUGAUGAUCGUUUAAAAGUGUGGGACGAGAAAGAUCAGCCACGAGUGCACGUUGUUCCUGCAUUUGCUCCAUAUUAUGCCCCUCAAGCUGAAGCCAAUAACACAAUCCCUAUUCUGUGUGUUGCAAGAAAUGUAGCUUGCAAUGUUAGAGGACGUUUUUUCAAGGAAUUUGAUGAAGUUCUCUUGCAACGAAUGUCUGGAGUUGCAUAUGAAGAUGAUAUUAAAGAAGUUCCUUCUCCGCCAGAUGUGAGCAACUAUUUGAUUUCGGAGGACAAUCCUUCUGUUUCUAAUGGAAAUAAAGAUUCGAUUGGUUUUGAUGGUAUGGCGGAUGCUGAGGUGGAAAGGAGGCUACUGAAGGAUGCAAGUUCAGCUUCUUCAACUGCCCCUUUGACAAUGGCACGUGUAGAUCCAAGAAUUGCUUCACCUCUCCAGAGUAGUGUACCAUCUUCUUCUUUCUCAGUUCCACCAACAACGAUGGAAGGGCCAGCUUCGUCUUUUCCCAAUCAGCAAUUACCUCAACUGACGACGCUACUCAAACCGCCAUUAGCUCAACGUGGCAAAGCAGAAACAACAUUGCAAAACUCUCCUGCAAGGGAAGAGGGCGAGGUACCAGAAUCUGAAUUAGAUCCUGAUACUAGGAGGAGACUACUCAUUUUGCAACAUGGUCAAGACAGUAGAGACCAUGCAUCAGUUGAACCUCAAUUUCCUGCUCAACCACCCAUGCAAGUAUCAGUGCCAAGGGUUCCGGCAUGUGGGUGGUUUCCCAUUGAAGAAGAGAUGAGUCCAAGGCAACUGAACCGUGUGAUACCACCUAAGGAAAUUCCUUCAAUUCCCGAGUCUAUUCCUAUCGAUGAGCACCGGCCUCAUCAUUUACCAUUUAUCCAUACGGUGGAGAGUUCAGUCCCACCCGGUAGAGUUCUUGAAAGCCAAAGUUUGCCCAAGGAGGCACUGCCAAGGGAGGAACCAUUAAAGUUAAACCGGUCACUGCCUAAUUUUUACUCCUUGUCUGGUGAGGAUGCUCCCAUAGCUCAACCAUCUUCAGGAAACAAGGAUCUUGACCUUGAAGCUGGGCAAAUAGAUCCAUACCCAGAAACACCUGCAGGAGCUUUACAGGAUAUUGCAUACAAGUGUGGAACAAAGGUGGAGUUCAGGCAAGUACUCGUCUCAAGCAUGGAACUACAAUUCUCUGUAGAGGUUUUAUUUGCAGGUGAGAAAAUUGGUGAAGGAAUUGCUAGCACAAGAAGGGAAGCCCAGCAUGAGGCUGCUAAGGGAUCUCUUAUGACCUUGGCUGAUAAAUAUUUGUCGCGUAAGCCUGAUUCCAGUUCCAUGGCUGCAGAUGGGAGUAGAUUUGCUAAUUCGAAUGAUAAUGGUUUUAUUCGUGAUGCCUACCCUAUUGGAUAUCAGCCAUUGCCUAAGGAGGAGACUACAUCUUUUUCAAUUGCAUCAGAGUCACCCAGGAUUCUGGACCCUAGACUGGAGGCUUCAAAGAAGUCUAUGGGUUCAAUCACGGAGCUUAAAGAACUGGGCCUUGGUGUUGCAUUCCAAACUCAACCUCAGUUUUCAGCAAAUCCAGGCCAGAAAAAUGAAGUAUAUGCACAGGUUGAAAUUGAUGGACAGGUAUUAGGCAAGGGGAUUGGACUAACAUGGGAUGAAGCUAAGACACAGGCUGCUGAAAAGGGUCUUGGAACCUUGAGAUCCAUGCCCAAUCAGUUUCCCUACAAACGCCAGGAUUCUCCAUGGUUGGAGAAGAAAUGUCAGAGCUUCAGCUUCCAUCUUAAGUUUGUUUUACAAUGCGGGCUUUCAUGUUGGACAAUGCGGAAAAUGAGUCUCUUUUGUCUAUACUUCUCCAUUCUCCAAAAUCUCCUUAAGUCAUUGCAGGGGAUGUCAAACAAAAGAUUUAAAUCAGAGUUUUCUCGAUCUUUUCAGCGAAUGCCAUCGUCUGCAAGAUAUCCCAAAAAUGCUUCUCCAAUGCUAUGAAACGCAAAUCCAUUUUCCUACUUGGUAGAGCCCAUAGUUUUUGUUUCCUUACAUUUUGAAGCCUGUAAAUUGAAGGCAGCCAAAAUUAGGGUUCUGCCGGUUAACUUGUGGUUGCCUCUUGAGACUCAUUAGUGUUUGGAGAGAGACUUUUUAAAGCCUGAGAAGAUGCUUGCCCUUCUCCCUCUGUUCGGUUAAACAAUGUACAUUUGUGGAAUAUCAUGGAUUGUUGCACAGUUAUGUUGGCCCGAAAUGCAAAUCCUGGCCUGUAAAAAAAAAAAAAAAAAAAAAAAAAAAAGGAAGCUGGGGAUGAUGACAUCUGUCCAUGAUUUUAGCAAAGGGCUUGGUGUUUAGCCUGGGAUUUCAUUAAGCUUCCUCCUGAGUUUACACAUAACGGGUCCAGUUGACUGGCUUCUUGUGGUUUUUUUUUUUUUUUCACUGAACUCUGACAGAGAUCAAAUUUUGGUGAAUAUGGGUCAGAGUUUUUUGAGUUUGAACUACAGAUGAAUACAGUUUUCCCUUUGAUACUUGGCUAGCUGAUGAAAGUGGUCUUUUUAUUGUCAAGUAUGCUUUACACAUUUGUAGGCAACCUCGUCUCUAGCAGAAUCUUUUCUUGGAUUGAAAGAAUUUAGUGGAAUGCAAGAGAAUAAAAACCAAAGAGAAUUGACACCUA